UGGGGGGAUGUCCUGUGAUGUUGACGCGAUCUAAUCGAUUUUGUGACAGACACCUUACGAUAUAUAAGCAUGACAUCUUCAUUUCUGAAUGACUGAGACUGAAGAAGGAACUCACAACCACCUGUUACUGAACAUCAAGCGUCCAAAGACAAAUUGCCCUGUAUCCAGAGCCAGCAUGCUGCCUGACGCGUUAUCUCAGCCGGUAACAAAGUGCCUGAUUCCGUCGCGUUUGGGAAGCGCCGCGUUCCUGGUGCUGCUUAUCUUGUCCACGACUGCGUCCUAUGCACAUGGCACCACAGUAGAGCACGACCUCCACAUCGUCCAUAACGUCGAUAACAGAAGUCCAGAGAUUGACCCAUUCUGGUAUGUGGGGCGUGGUGUGAGACCCAUCGGGCGAUUUGGGAAGAGGCAGAGUGCAGGUGGUCUACAACCUGUGGUCAAGUCUCUGGAGCUCCUGUUAAACACUUUCAGGAAUAAAGAGAGUUUGCGUAGUGUACUGGCACAGGAUGAUUCAGACUGGUUACCAUAACAUCCUCAUGCCUUCAUCUGCCCGUUGGCUGUAAUUAUUGAAGUGUAUUAGUGUUCAACUGAUCCGUUUUCUCAUAUUCUGUAUGACUUUGUCUCCCACAACAUUGAUUUCACAUAAAAUGACUGGCAAACGAAUAUAUCUGUACAUAUAACAAAUGCAAUCUAUAUUAAUAAAUAAACUGACAAAUGUAUAUGUUUGAUUCACUUAUGCUACUAGAUGAAUUAUGCAAAUUACAGCUCCACAAUUGAAUUGUUAAAAUAUAUAAAGAUACAAAUGGAGUUCUGAAUCAUGAGUUCAUGAGUAUUUUAUUUGUGUAUAUAACUCAACACUGUUUCUGUCAGAAGAAAUUUGGCACAUGAGAAAUCAUUGGCUUAUUCAGAAUAUUAUCUGUAUCGCUGUUAACACUUACUGUUAAAAUACACAAAUACACUCUUCUGAUAAGAGGCAGGCUAAUGUCCUUUCAUUCUGUUAUCAUGACAAACCCGA